GUUGUGUGAUUGAAGUUGCCGCUUCAGUGCUUUGUUAUUGGUCAUUUGCUCGUGUUCGCCAGAGCUCAGUGCUCUUGUCAGCAUCAUCAUCGCCAUCACUAGAGCUGAGAAGAUGCCCGUCGCUAGCGCGUCCACGUCCACGUCCACCUCCGAUUCACCGGACGUCCAAGCUCCUAUACUGUACGACACCGUUGAUUAUAAAGGCCUCCCCGUCAAUAAAUCUUACUCCGGUGGCUGGAAAUCCGCCUCUUUAAUAAUAGGAGUGGAGGUUGCUGAGAGUUUUGCAUACUAUGGGAUUUCGUCGAACCUAAUUGCAUUUUUGACCGGGCCGCUUGGUCAGUCGACGGCUACUGCGGCGGAGAACGUCAAUGCCUGGUCAGGAACGGCGUCGUUACUUCCUUUAUUAGGUGCAUUUGUUGCCGAUUCUUUCCUUGGGAGAUAUCGCACCAUUGUUGUUGCUUCUGUUAUCUACCUCUUGGGACUUGCCUUGUUGACCCUAUCAGCAAUGUUCCCUUCUCACAGUGAUUCUGAUUGCCCUAUCUCCAGUACUAUCACAUCUUGCUCUCCUCAUCCAUUUCAAGUAGUUUUAUUCUUCUCUGCUCUAUAUUUGGUAGCACUUGGGCACGGUGGGCAUAAACCUUGUGUUCAGGCUUUUGGGGCAGAUCAAUUUGAUGGACAAGACCCUGAGGAGUGCAAAGCCAAAAGCUCAUUCUUCAAUUGGUGGUAUUUCUGUAUGAGUUUGGGCAUUUUAGUAACAAUAUUAACCUUAAUCUACAUCCAGGACAACAUUGGUUGGGCUCUUGGAUUUGGAAUCCCAUGUGUUGCGAUGGUGAUUGAACUAUUCAUCUUCUUACUUGGAACCAAGACAUAUCGCUAUAGUGUCAAAGUUGAAAAGAAUAGUGCAGUCCGGAGAAUUGGUCGGGUAUUUCUUACAACAAUUAGGAAUUGGCGAAUUUACCCUUCUGCAAUAGCUUAUGAAGAGGAAGCUUGUGAAAUGCUACGUCACCACCAUCCUCAGCAGUUAAAAUUUCUCAACAAAGCCCUGCUUGCACCGAAUGGCUUAAAGGGAGAUGGGAAAGUGUGUAGCCUUAGUGAAGUUGAAGAAGCUAAGGCUGUACUUAAGCUUACUCCAAUAUGGGUUACGUGUUUGCCAUAUGCUGUUGUGUUUGCACAGCCGUCAACUUUCUUCACCAAGCAAGGAGCAACAAUGUAUAGGACAAUUUCAAAAGGUUUAGAAAUCCCACCAGCUAUGCUUCAAUGCUUUAGUAGCCUUGCCAUUAUCUCAUCCAUCGCAAUCUAUGACCGUGUAUUUGUUCCCAUAGCAAGGGCUUUAACCGGGAAACCUUCUGGCAUUUCAAUGCUUCAGAGGAUUGGAACUGGGAUGUUUUUAUCUGCAUUCUUAACAGCUAUUGCUGCUCUAGUUGAAAUGAAGAGGCUUGAAGUUGCUCGAGAACACGGUCUCGUUGAUUUGCCAGGCGUGACACUUCCAAUGAGUGUUUGGUGGUUAGUUCCUCAAUAUGUCUUGUGCGGAGUGUCUAAUGUGUUUACAAUGGUUGGUUUGCAAGAAUUCUUCUAUGAUCAAGUCCCCAAAGAGUUGAGAAGUGUGGGCCUUUCCCUUUACCUCAGCAUCUUUGGUAUAGGGAGUUUUCUGAGCAGCUUUCUUAUAUCUGCCAUUGAAAAAUGCACUGGUGGGCAAGGGCAUGAUAGUUGGUUUGCUAAUAAUCUGAAUCGGGCUCAUCUUGAUUACUUUUAUUGGUUACUUGCUGGAUUAAGCAUGGUACAAUUCGUUGCCUACUUGUACUUUGCAAAAAACUAUGUAUAUAAUAGGUAAGGCUCAUUGUAAAUUCAGAGUUGCCUUGCUGUUAGUGUUAUUACUCGUUUA